GGAGCCGAGGCAGUGAGAGCAGUCGCCAGCGGAGCCCGAGACGGCGGAUGAACGGAGCCGAGCGAGUGUGUAGUCCUCGUCCUUUUCCACAGCAGUAGCUGACAGCAGCAGUCCGGCAGACCCGGAGCAGCGUGCCCGACAAUGAUGCUCAAACUCGUCCAUCUCCUCGGGGUGCUCGUCUGCGGCGGUCAAGCCGCCCUGCAGGUGUCCAUAUCCUUGAACAAAGUGGAGUUAAGUGUCGGAGAGUCCAAAUUCUUCAUCUGCACAGCUAUCGGAGAGCCAGUGAGGCUCGAGUGGUACAACCCCCAGGGCGAACGCAUCGCCACCUCCAGGCGGAUCGCGCUUCACACGGAGACGUCGCGAUCCAGGCUCAUCAUCUACAACGCCAUCAUCGAGGACGCGGGCAUCUACCGCUGCCAGGCCACGGACGCCAGCGGUCACACUGAGGAGGCUUCAGUCGUUCUGGAAAUCUACCAGAGGCUCACGUUCCGGGAUAUUCAGUCGCCGCAGGAGUUCCGCCAAGGUGAGACAGCGGAGGUGGUGUGUGAUGUCAUAAGCUCGCCGGUGCCCGUGGUGGUGUGGUACUACCAGGAGAAGGAAAUCACAGAGGAGUACCACAACAAAUACCAGGUGCUCGCGAACAACAACCUGCAGAUCCAUCGCGUGACCAAGGCGGACGAGGGCGUGUACCGCUGCGAGGCGAGCGUGGAGGCUCGCGGCGAGAUUGAUUUUGUGGAUAUCGCAGUGGUGGUCAAUGUCCCUCCUGUGCUGUCAGUGACCCAGCAGUCCUUCAACGCCACGGCCGACUACCAGGAAUCGGUUACCUUCACUUGCAUCACCUCUGGGUCUCCGGACCCUGUGGUCACAUGGCACAGGAAAGGGCAGCAGCUGGAGCUGUCGGAGCAGUACAUUUUCAACCGGCUGGAGGGCGGGCGCAGCAUCCUAACCAUCCACAACAUCCAGCAGGGCGACGGGGGCACUUACUCCUGCAAGGCCACCAACAAGGCGGGAUCUCAGGAGCGAGAGCUCUUCCUCAAAGUGUUCGUCCAGCCUCACAUCACCCAGCUGAAAAACGUGACAGCCGUGGAGGGCAGCGCCGCCAUGAUCUCCUGCGUGGCCGAGGGCGAGCCGCUGCCCGACAUCUCCUGGAGGAGAGCCAGCGACGGCCAGACCUUCGUGGAAGGAGACAAGAGGCAGGACGGACGCUUUGAAGUGCGCGGCCGUCACGGAAAGUCGGUGUUGACCAUCAGCGGCGUGAGGCUGAGCGACUUGGGUCGCUUUGACUGCGAGGCUCAGAGCAGGAUCGGCGGUCAUCAGAAGAGCAUGUUCCUGGACAUUGAGUAUGUACCGAAGUUCCUGACCAAUCACACCAUCUAUUAUUCAUGGGAGGGCAACCCGGUGAACAUCAGCUGUGACGUGAUGUCCAACCCUGCCGCCACCAUGCUGUGGAGGAGAGAGCGCUUCACCAUCUCCGCAGAGAGGACGGCCACCACGCGGGUGCACACCGCGGAGGGCAAGUCUGUGCUGGAGGUGACGCCAAUGUCUGACAGAGACUUUGGCCGCUACAACUGCACAGCCAGGAACAACAUCGGAGCGCGGUAUCAGGAGUUCAUUCUGGCUCAGGCAGACGUGCCGUCGAAUCCGUACUCUGUGCGUCUGUCGGCCGUCUCCCAGCGCCUGGCGACGGUGACCUUCAUGAAGCCCGACUCGCACGGCGGCGUUCCCAUCAGCUACUACCUGGUGCAGUACAAGGAGGUGGGCUCGCAGGACUGGAGGGACAUCAAGUCGCACAGCGUUCAGACAACAGUGGUGCUGACAGGUUUGGAGCCCAACACCACGUAUGAGGUUCGAGUGGCGGCGGUCAACGGGAAAGGUCAGGGGGAGUUCAGCCACACGGAGACGUUCCAGACUUUACCCAUACGGGAGCCCAGUCCACCAGCAGUUCACGGGCAGAGAGGAAUGGGCAAGGCCUACAGGCUGGGCCUGGUCAAGCAGGACGACGGAGGGAUGCCCAUUGUGGAGUACAUAGUCAAGUACAAGACUUGCUCCUCUUUCCCCCCCUGUCAGGAUAAAGAGGAACAGUGGAUGACCAAGCUGGUUCCCGGGGCGAACGACUUCGCGAUGCUGCAGCCGCUGCAGUGGAACACGAGAUAUGAGGUGGAAAUCACGGCGCGCAACGUCAAGGGCCUGUCAGAACCCACCUUCUAUCAGUUCUUCAUGCCGCAGGAGCCCGAUAUUACAGCAGAAUCCCUGUUCAGCGGUCUGGGCCUGGGGGCGGUGGUGGGCCUCGGCCUGGGAGCGCUCCUGCUUCUCAUCGUGCUGGUCGACAUCAGCUGCUUCUUCCUGCGUCACUGCGGCCUGCUGAUGUGCAUCACGCGCACCCUGUGCAGCAAGAAGACGGCCACCAGCGGCAAGGGCAAAGAGAUGGAGGAGGGCAAGGCGGCCUACCUGUACACCUACACCAGCCGCGCAACCACCUUUUCAGCCACAGAAGCUGCCACUGAAGGAAGAAAAUGGAAAAGAGUCUCUCAAGCCAGAUACGAUUGAAAUCAAAGUGCACAGUGACAACAGCAUCCACACAAAGCCUGACGACAGCAAGGCGUAAAAAAAAAAAAAAAAAAGAAGAGGAGGAAAAAAAAGAGAGAGUAUAGAAUAAAGGAGAGAAAAAAAAGGGUCGGUCCCCCACGCCACCAAAAGAACAUUCGGAUCACGAGACCAAAACCCAGAGAAUCUACGACAUGGAGUAAAAUACCAUAUCUGUUUAUAACGAUGCCCGCGGUGAAUGGCAUGUGUACAUACAAAUAAUAGAGAGAAAAUAGAACGGGAGGAAGGGUCAACGUUUUUAGACGCCCUGAGUGAUCAGUGUCUCAUGUUCUUGUAAAACAUGGCAUCAGUGGAAGGCUCUUGUGAUCAAUGAUUGUACUUUACUUUAUUGGGUUUUCCUUUGCUUUCGUCGGUCUGUGUGUUUCGUUGUUUCAUCGGACAACGUUCUUUUUUCUUUAUUGUC